AUAUAAAACCAAUAAUGUAAAUCACGCUCAACACUGCGCAUCUAUAAAUGAGGGCAACUCUUCAUCUCUAUUUCCUUUGUUUUUCUCUUUUCUCUCAUUGGUAAGAGUAACACACUAGUCUUAGUUGCAGGCGCCGUUUCUCUCUCUCUCUCUCUCUCUCAAAGUCCAAGUUUUCGCUCUGUUAUAAUAGCUACUCCACCAAUAUCUUCUUAAACCCUGCCAUAAUUAACACCACAGACUUUCUCUCUCCCCCUUUCUCUUGUAUCAAAAUUGAACAAAAGUUCAAAAACAAUGUUUGUUUCUUCAUCACAAUUACUACCUCGCUGGCUGGAAGUCCUACUCACAGAGAAAUUCUACAACGCCUGUAUAAUUCAUGAAGAGGCCAAAAAGAACGAGAAAAACAUCUACUGUUUGGACUGCUGUAUCAGUCUUUGCCCUCACUGUUUGCCUCCUCAUCGUUCUCACAGACUCUUGCAGAUAAGGAGAUAUGUGUACCACGAUGUUAUAAGGUUGGAUGAUGCUACCAAGCUAAUUGACUGUGCCUAUGUUCAAUCAUAUACAACAAACAGCGCAAAAGUGGUAUUUUUAAAUCAAAGGCCACAGACAAGGAGCUUCAGAGGCACCGGUAAUAUCUGCAACACCUGUGACAGAAGCCUGCAAGACCCAUAUCUCUUCUGCUCUCUCUCCUGCAAGAUUGAUUAUCUUAUUAGAACGGAAGGUGGUCUUUCUAACUAUCUGUAUGAGUGCAAGUUCUUGUCACUGCCUGAACCGGGUUUGGAUGACGGUUUGAUGACUCCCGAUUCGGUUCUUGAGCCGACCGGUUCGGCUCGAACAUCAUCUGGGUCGGGAGGCAGCGGUGGCGUGGUGGGUUCUAGGACAUUGGUUUGCACUGCAACCACUGAAUUCGUUAGGAAGAAGAGAAGCAGCAGUGCAUCGUCGGCUUACCGUGCGACUUGUCGGCCGGCUUGUUCUCCGGUUUCCGAAAUCUCGGCGGGUUUGAUGAACCGGAGGAAAGGGAAUCCUCAAAGGGCUCCACUCUAUUGAAUUCGAGUACGGAAUUGCGCUGAGGGAGACAGGGAGAGAGGUAAGGGAGGUGAAUUUUAUUGUUUCCUUGAGGGUAAUUUCGGGAUAAUGAAGAAGUCUCCCAAUUUUGUAGAGGGCCUUCUCUGUCUCUCCUCUUUUAUCGUAGUACUAGUGGUGGGUAGGUUGUGUAAUUCAAAUUGUUAACUGCUCUUCUCUCUUCUUUUACAAAUUUACGAUGACUAAUAGUGACAAAGAUUUCCUUAUUAAAUUGCCUUAUUAUACAUUA